AUGAGUAUCGGUGUUGGUAUUUCACGUCCAGGAACUGAAUCAAAAACAAAUCGAGAAGAUACUUAUAGUGAACAAUUAUCUGCUAUACCAGAAUUUGCCCAUUUGGGUCCAAUAUUCAAAUCAUCAUUACCAGUUGAUUUAACUGAAAGUGAAGUUGAAUACGUUGUACGAUGUAUAAAACAUGUUUUUAGUCAUUAUAUUGUUUUUCAAUUCGAUAUAAAUAAUACACUAAAUGAUCAAUUAUUAGAACGAGUAACUGUUCAAAUGGAUGGAUCAGCUGAAGGUUUUGAAAUUGUUCAUUAUACUUCUUGUCAAGUUAUUAAAUGUAAUGAUACGGGUACAACUUAUACAUUAGUUAAAUUACCUGAUGAUUCAUCAGCUGUAACUGGUACAUUGGCAUGUACAAUGAAAUAUACAGUUAAAGAUUGUGAUCCAUCAACAGGUCUACCAGAUGAUGAAGAAGGUUAUGCUGAUGAAUUUGUGCUUGAAGAUAUUGAAAUAACAGUUAGUGAUCAUGUACAAAAAGUACUUAAACCAAAUUGGUCUGCUUCAUGGGAAGAAAUUGGAGCUGAAAAUGAACUUGAAGAUACAUAUACAUUAUCAAUUCCAACACUUGAAGAAUGUGUGAAGAAAAUAAUAAGUUACAUGGGAAUGCAAGCAUGUGAACGAUCAGACAAAAUUCCAGAAGGCAAAGCAUCACAUACACUUUAUUUAGCUGGUGUCUAUCGUGGUGGACAUGAUGUACUUGUUCGAGCAAAAAUGGCAUUGGGUGGUACAACAGCAGAUCCAGGAGCACAAGCAAUUGCCAUGCAAUUAACAAUACGUUCGACAGAUGAAUCAGCUGUGCAAGUUAUUGCUUCAGCAGUCGAAUAA